AUGGAGCUGCUGGCUGGGACUGACCUGUGGCCUGUGGCCAUAGUCACAGUCAUCUUCAUAUUACUGGUGGACAUGAUAGACUGGUACCAGUGUUGGACUUCUCACUACCCACCAGGCCCUGUGCCAUGGCCUGUGCUGGGUAACCUGCUGCAGGUGGACCUAGAUAACAUGCCAUACAGCUUGUACAAGCUUCAAAACCGCUAUGGUGACAUGUUCAGCCUGCAGAUGGGCUUGAAUCCCAUGGUCAUUGUCAACGGACUGAAGGCAGUACAGGAAGCACUGGUGACCUGUGGAGAAAACACUGCUGACCGCCCUGAAAUGCCCAUCUUUCUUUCACUAAGAAAUGGACAAAAAGCUAAAGGUUUGACCCUUGCACCUUAUGGGCCUGAAUGGCGAGAGCAGAGGCGAUUCUCUAUGUCUACCCUGCGCAACUUUGGCCUGGGCAAGAAAUCGUUGGAGCAGUGGGUGACGGAGGAGGCUGGACACCUCUGUGAUGCCUUUACUGCCCAGGCUGGUAGUCCCCUCAAUCCUUAUACCCUCCUGGACAAAGCCAUGUGCAAUGUGAUUGCGUCUCUCGUUUAUGCCCAUCGCUUCGAGUAUGAAGAUCCUGACCUCACCAAGAUUCUAAGAGCAUUGAAAGAAAACAUAAGGGAGAAAACUGGCUUGAUCCCUGAGGUAGGAAGGUCAAGGGAGUCUGCAGAGUGACUUCUGUGCUGUUCAUCUUCCCAGAGUUGUAGACAGGGGAUUUGGAAAGGAGACUUCUAGAAGUGUCAACCACAAAAAUACAAGUGUGGAGCCUUUAAAGCCUGCAGCAAUGGGAGGGGAGAAGUGGAACAAAGUCAGGGCUUCUAGAAGCUGAAAUCCUGGCCCUUUGCCCACAUGGAAUCCACCCAUGCCUCUGAUGUUUCCGGUAAAAUUUUCUUUAGUCUACCGUGGGGCUACUAGAGCCUGAAGGUUAGAACUAAGGAGGACUCAGGUGAUGGGUGGGCACAAAUAGGGCCCGUAUCCAUCAUGGAAGAGACUGGAAACUAAGACUGGCUGAGAUCAACACUAAGCCCAUGUACCUAGGAGCCAGAGAGAUGGCAGUGGGUAAGGAGCUUGCCAGGAAAGUAUGGUGCUUGGGUUUCAUUCCUGGAAGUGAUGUAAUAAAGUAACUGAAUUUCUAUGGUUUCCCAGGACCUCAACCUCUUAGUUGUGGUAACAGCAUUCCUCACAUCAUUUGCACAGGAAAACAGAAAAAUAAGAAUGAAUAUUGUUAUUAGACAUCUUGUUUACUCAACUCAUUAAAGUAAAGGCAGCAGGAAGUCCUAGAACAUUCUAUGGCUGUUCCAGGUUGUGAAGAUGUUUCCAAUUGUUCUGCACAUCCCAGGGUUGGCUGAUAAAAUCUUCCAUGGGGAAAAGACAUUUCUCACCAUGGUGGAUAAGCUGUUGACUGAGCACAAGAGGACCUGGGACCCUGACCAGCCACCUUGUGAUCUGACUGAUGCCUUUAUGGCUGAGAUGGAGAAAGUGAGAGACUCUGAGAUCUGGUGUCCAUUGCACUGUGAAUAACCCAGUGACACUGAAGUGUCACCACCUAAAGUCAUCAGGAGGGUGUUUUGGGGUCUUCCCGUCGUUCCACUGAGUCUACUGCUUUUCUGUGUCCUAGGCAAAGGGGAACCCUGAGAGUAGCUUCAAUGAAGCAAAUCUACAUCUGGUUGUCCUUGACCUGUUUGGUGGCGGGAUUUUGGCCAGCCCAAUCACUCUGACCUGGGCCCUCUAGUUCAUGAUCCUGCAUCCAUCCGGAUAUGCAGAGUAUACCUGACUGGUGCUGGGAAGAAAGGAGGAUUAGGGUAAAGGCACACUCCUAAGAUUACUUGGGACACUUGUGCCUUCCAGCAAUGGUUAAUCCAGACUCCUGUAAGGACAAUGGCCACCUUCCUUCCAUGGACUCAGCUCUUAACAGAGAGGUAGUGAAGAGACAAGGGGAACUGCCAGGAACACCUUAACUGAAGUAAUCCUGACCUUCCAGGAAGAGUACAACAGGAUGAGGUCAUAGUGCAUGUGUGGUGACCAAAGAUGGCAAACCAGGCCCACAUGUCCUACUCCAAUGCUGCCAUACAUGAAAUUCAGUGCUAUGCAGACAUUAUCCCAAAACAUUUGCCAGACAGGACUUCUCUUAACAUUUAAGUACAGGGCUUCCUUAUCCCUAAGGUAGGCCUGGGAUCCUCCAAAUUUUACCAUCUAGCUAGUGGUAUGAGCUGCCCAGUUAAGGAGGAGUGGAAUUUAGACUACCCCAUUCUCAACUCCACAGUACCAACUUUCCCUGGGUGAGUAUGGGAAUAGAAUCAGUAGUAAGAACAGUACCCUAGGAACCCCAGCUAGAAAGGCAAGCAAGGUAAAAUAUGGCAGGAGUUGUUGUAACAAACACUACCUACAAAUGCAGGUGAUAGGGUGUGUACCUCUGCCACUCAUCACACAGUCCUGAGAACUAUGAAACUUCUCGGACCGAGUUUACACGAUAGCAUCUAGGGUGUGAAUUUGAGGCUGUGCCUGUGAACUUGGUGACCAGGGUCUAGGCAGCCUCACCCCUGUCUGUGUUCAAACCAUCUGCCUCCUGCCAGGGGACAAAAAUCAUCCCCAUUCUGUCCUCUGUGAUUUGUUUAUAAAAAGAACAAGAAUAUGUUCUAUGUGAGGUAUGGGGAUAGGGUAUAUCUU